GGCCCCCGCCCGCCCGCCCCGCCCCGCCCCGGCGCGCAUUUCCAUUUUAAACCGCCACCCGCCCCUCGAACGUCCGCGGCCGGCGGAGCUAACCGCGCGCCCGGAUGCCCGGAAGAGGCUGAGGCUGCGGGACCCCUGAGCUGUGCAAGAAAAGGCCGAGGGAUGCGCUUGGACCCUGCGCCCUAGACAAUGAAGCCGCGGGCGCCAUCGCCCGCAGUGGGCCCUGCGCGCUCAGGCCGCACCUGCCGGCGAGGCGGGUUCCGCGCUUGAGCACCCGCCCGGUUCCCCAUGGCUCGGCUCCCCGAGCGCGGACCCCCGUACUCGGGCCGCGUGGCGCGCGGGCGGGCGGACUCCGGGGGCGCUGUUCCCGCAGCCUAAGCGCGGGCCUCGCUGCGCGCAGGGGGCGUGGGCGCCGCUCCCUAAGGACCAGGGCUCUGCACCUGGCCGGCUCUGCGCCCGCGGCGCGCGUCCCGACGGCCGGCGGCGCUGGAUGCAGUCGAGCCUCGGAGGGCGGCGCGGCGGCCGCGGACCCUGGGGACAUGUACCUGCUGGACGGCAGCGGCGAGCCCGCGUCGCCUCCCGCGGACGCGAUGCCCCGCGGGACGCCCCCCAGGAAGACGGUCUACCGCAUCUCGGUGACCAUGGUCAGGAAGGAGCAGCUGGCCUCUCCGACUCCGCGCCCCACACGGCGGCCGCGGCCCGCGCUUUCCCCGGACGCUCCUGGGCGGCUGGAAGAGGAGGCCGAGGAGGCGGCGGCUGAAGAUCCUGAGGCCGGGCCGCGCGCCUGGGACUUCCGCGCCUUCCGCACACGCAGCACCGGGCAGCUGGAGCUCGGGCGGCUACGGCCGUGCACACGCGGCGCGGAGCCUGCAGACCUGAUGGGCAGCCCUUCGGCUGAGCGGCCCAGCAGCCCCGACGUGGAGGAGGCUCGGGCCGCGCCCCUGCGGCGGAGCCUCAGCUUCAGGCACUGGAGCGAGCCCGAGGCACCGCGGAGCCCUGCGCUGAGCGGCGGAAGGCGCCACAGCAGCUCCGGGAGCCUGGCAUGGGCGCCCGACGACGAGGUCGAGGCGGAGGCCUCCUCGGAGCCAGUGGCCGGAGCGCAGCCCGUAGCGGAGAAGCGCAACACCUUGGAUGUGGGCGAGGUGCUCAGCAAGAACGAUACGCUCUCGGAUCUGGAGCGCUGGGAGCGCAGCAAGAGCAAGAACCGCACGCUGGACAACAGCGACCUGCAGCGGCUAGAGCGCGCGCGGGCCGCGGCCGCUGGCCCCGGAGCAGCCUCGGAGCACCGGCUGCUGCGCUUUUUCAGUGGCAUCUUUGCGCGUAGGGAUGGCGGGCCCUCUCCCCGAAGCGGCGCCCUGCGCUCCCGCGGUUACUUCAGCCUGCGACGGGCCCCGGCCGACACGCAGUCGUCCAGCGCAGAGAGCAUCGAGGGGUCCCCUCGCAGAGAUGCUUUUGUGAACAGCCAGGAAUGGACUCUCAGCCGAUCUGUCCCGGAGCUCAAAGUGGGAAUUGUGGGUAACUUGGCCAGUGGCAAGUCUGCACUGGUGCACCGAUACCUGACAGGCACAUACGUGCAGGAGGAGUCUCCAGAAGAUAUGGACGCAGGUGGCAGGUUCAAGAAGGAGAUUGUGGUUGAUGGACAGAGUUAUCUACUUCUGAUUAGGGAUGAAGGGGGCCCCCCGGAGGCACAGUUUGCCAUGUGGGUGGACGCGGUCAUUUUUGUCUUCAGCCUGGAGGAUGAGAUCAGUUUCCAGACUGUCUACCACUACUACAGCCGAAUGGCCAACUACAGGAACACCAGUGAGAUUCCACUCGUGCUGGUGGGGACCCAGGAUGCCAUAAGUUCCACCAACCCGCGGGUCAUCGAUGAUGCCAGGGCACGGAAACUCUCCAAUGACCUGAAGCGGUGCACGUACUAUGAGACGUGCGCCACCUAUGGGCUCAACGUGGAGCGGGUCUUCCAGGACGUUGCCCAGAAGAUUGUUGCCACGCGGAAGAAGCAGCAGCUGUCCAUAGGCCCCUGCAAGUCCUUACCCAACUCUCCAAGCCACUCCUCUGUGUGUUCUGCCCAGGUGUCAGCCGUGCACAUCAGCCAGACAAGUAACGGAGGCGGGAGUUUAAGUGACUACUCCUCCUCAGUCCCUUCGACCCCAAGCACCAGCCAGAAGGAGCUCCGGAUCGAUGUCCCUCCCACUGCCAACACCCCGACGCCUGUCCGGAAGCAGUCCAAACGCAGGUCCAACCUUUUCACAUCUAGGAAAGGGAGCGACCCAGACAAAGAGAAGAAAGGCCUGGAGAGCCGAGCGGACAGCAUCGGGAGCGGGCGAGCCAUCCCAAUUAAACAGGGCAUGCUGCUGAAGCGAAGUGGCAAGUCACUAAACAAAGAGUGGAAAAAGAAGUACGUCACCCUGUGCGACAACGGCGUGCUGACCUACCACCCCAGUUUACAUGAUUACAUGCAGAAUGUUCACGGCAAAGAGAUUGACCUCCUGAGAACCACUGUGAAAGUGCCGGGGAAGAGGCCACCCCGAGCCACGUCGGCCUGUGCACCCAUCUCCAGUCCCAAAACCAAUGGCCUGUCCAAGGACAUGAGCAGUUUACACAUCUCACCAAAUUCAGGGAAUGUCACUAGUACGUCUGGGUCUCAGAUGGCAAGCGGCAUCAGCCUGGUCUCCUUCAACAGCCGACCCGAUGGCAUGCACCAGCGCUCCUACUCAGUCUCCAGUGCCGACCAGUGGAGUGACGCUACAGUCAUUGCAAACUCAGCCAUCAGCAGUGACACAGGGCUGGGUGACUCGGUGUGUUCCAGCCCAAGUAUCUCCAGCAGCACCAGCCCCAAGCUUGACCCGCCCCCUUCCCCCCAUGCCAACAGAAAGAAGCACCGGAGGAAGAAAAGUACCAGCAACUUCAAGGCUGACGGGCUCUCGGGCACCGCUGAAGCCAAACGCAAAGCGUGGAAACUAAACCGUGUUGGUAGCCUGCGAAACAUAUACAGCAGCAGCAGCACCAACACCGAAGAGCAAGAAGAAAACUUUGAGUUUAUCAUUGUGUCCCUCACCGGCCAGACAUGGCACUUUGAAGCCACCACAUACGAGGAGCGAGAUGCAUGGGUCCAAGCCAUCGAGAGCCAGAUCCUAGCCAGCCUACAGUCCUGCGAGAGCAGCAAGAAUAAGUCCCGACUAACCAGCCAGAGCGAGGCCAUGGCACUGCAGUCCAUCCGGAACAUGAGAGGGAACUCUCACUGUGUGGACUGUGACACCCAAAACCCUAACUGGGCCAGUUUGAACUUGGGAGCCCUCAUGUGCAUCGAGUGCUCAGGGAUCCACCGGAAUCUUGGCACCCACCUCUCCAGGGUCCGAUCUCUAGAUCUUGAUGACUGGCCCAUGGAGCUGAUCAAGGUGAUGUCGUCUAUUGGGAAUGAGUUGGCCAACAGCGUGUGGGAAGAGAGCAGCCAAGGACGGACAAAACCCUCAUUGGACUCCACAAGGGAAGAAAAGGAAAGAUGGAUCCGGGCCAAGUAUGAACAGAAACUCUUCCUGGCCCCACUGCCAUGUACAGAGUUCUCCUUGGGCCAGCAACUGCUGCGUGCCACCGCGGAGGAAGACCUGCGGACUGUCAUCCUGCUCCUGGCACACGGGUCCCGGGAUGAGGUGAAUGAGACCUGCGGGGAAGGCGAUGGACGCACAGCAUUGCACCUGGCCUGCCGCAAGGGCAGCGUGGUCCUGGCUCAGCUGCUAAUCUGGUACGGGGUGGACGUCAUGGCUCGAGACGCCCACGGGAACACAGCACUGGCCUAUGCCCGGCAGGCCUCCAGCCAGGAGUGCAUUGACGUGCUGCUCCAGUAUGGCUGCCCCGAUGAGCGCUUUGUGCUCAUGGCUACCCCCAACCUGUCCAGGAAGAGCAACAGCAGGAACAACAGCAGCGGGAGGGCGCCCAGCAUCAUCUGAGCUCAGCCAACACUGCGCCUGGGAUCCCAUGCCCGCCUGCUCCGGGAGUCACAGCAUGUGAGUUCCUCAGUCCCUCCCUCUUCCUGGUGGUCACUUCCACCCACCUGCCACUCACACACCCCACAUGAAGUCUCCAAACCUGGACAUCCUCAAGGGGAGAAGAGGAGGAUGGAGGCCACAGAACCGAACCCUUUUCCCACACUCCGGAAGCAAUGCAGGAGGGACUGACAACCUCCCGACUUUGAGGAUAGCACACGACGAGGGACCCCUGUUCCACUGACCUGGAACCCGGGGGAGGGGUAGCAAGGAGAAGGGGCAGCUUCCCCUAACUGGCAGUUAAGCACAUCAGUACAUUUCACCUCGACCAAAAGGAGGCUUGGAUUUCACAUCUUCUCUGGGGAGCUUGACGGCAUAAAUCAGAAGCCAGCACAGUUUGUCAGGUCUGAAGCCCCUAUGAUGGUAGGUGUCAAAUCAGUUGUAGCUAAUCUGUCCAGGGAGAAUACUGGCUUCAUUACACUUGUAUAGUCGAGUUCCUCCAGCAUUACCGCUGUUUAAUAGGACGUGAUUAGUCAUCACCGGGAAGAAGGCGUAUUAGCCGAGGAGGUAGUUACACGGCACGCUCCGGUGAUUGCCACGAUGUGAUUGCUGUGCGCUUAGAAGCAUCAUAUUAUCCCAGACAUGUCUCUUCAGCCCUUGGAGCCCUCCUUUCUAAAUUCACUGUCAUAAUUUAGUAUCUGUUUAAUUUUUCAGUCCAAAGAGAGGAAAUCAGUUGCUGGGUAUUAUUUGACUGCAAUCUCCUUCCUUGGUGCAAAAACAAAAUGGAAAAUAAAUAAAUAAAUAAGAAUAACUGGGAAAUUCAAAAAGAAAUCAUGAAUCCAGCUGGAAAUAGCUUUUCAAGUAUGCUCCAAAACUAAGUAAAAACAUAAAAUGCUAUGUUUUUUUUUUUCUAAGAGAGAUUUUCUGUCCUUUGGCCACAGUGGAUGUAUCUGGCCUCAGUCACUCCCAAUCCACAAGGUCUGAGUUACCCAGGUUUCUGUCGUAGAGAAGAUGUGUGAAAAUCUAUUUGAAUAAAAGAAGUUGAUAAAUAUGCAUUGAUUUUUGUGCAGACAAAUGGCAGCUCUGUUAAUUUCUAAGUUGAGCUGGAUGGGUACCAGUAUUGUGCAACUAGCUGAGAUCGGAGGGUGACAGAUCAGUGCAAUGGGCAGUGCCCCCAGCAGCAAGCACUUCCGUGAGUGUGGCGUGCAGCUCUUGAAAAGGCGCUUAUCAGAACAAGAUGGUGGGACGAUUCGCUUAUUAAAGCCAGGAAGCGAAGGGGGACGAGUGGGAAGGAGCCUGUGAGUCCACAUCCCGAAGGCAGGAUGGAGAGCUGAGGCCACUCUUCCCAACCAAAAGCAAGGGGCUGUGGCAAGAAGGGGUGCUUGUCGGCACCCUGUGAGCAGCUGCCCACCAUUCUGGCACAGCUGGCUCCUAAGAGCCUGCAGACUCUGUGUGCUCCGUCCCGUCUGUUUCUAACGUGUGACUGAUUUGCCUUCGUGGGCCACAGGGUGCAUCAGACACCAGCCACCUUCAGCACGGUGGUCAAGAACACCAAACUGUGACACUAUUUAGUUU